GUACUUCCGGUUCACCGGGGUGAAGCAGCUCGAGCUCAGAUGUGAUGUCCUUCACGGAUUUUUUAUUUAAAUGAGAUUCAAAAAGGUGAAAAGUGAUUAUAGGUUCAGUUUGAUCAACCCGGAUCUUCUCCCGUAACCUGACGGAGCUGCGUGUUGAUCCGGGAUUCUUCGUGCAGUUUCAGGAAUGUCUUCGUUGUGGAGCCUCAGACCGGUGCUGACGUCACUGUUUCAAGCGUCCCAGCAUGCCUCUGCCUGGACGGGCCCCCUCCUCUCCAGGACGAUGGCCACCCUCAACCAGAUGCACCGCCAGGGGAAACCCAAACAGCCCCCUAAAUCUGUGGGCGCCUUGUUCGGCUGCCCCCAGAUGAAGGCGGUGAUCCUGAAGACGAUGAUCCGAAAGCCCAAGAAGCCCAACUCUGCCAACAGGAAGUGCGUUCGGGUGCGGCUGUCCAAUGGGAAGGAGGCGAUUGCUUUCAUCCCCGGGGAGGGACACAACCUGCAAGAGCACAACGUGGUGCUGGUGCAGGGCGGCCGGACGCAGGACCUGCCUGGCGUCAAACUCACCGUGGUCAGAGGCAAAUAUGACUGUGCUCAUGUGGUGAAGAAGAAGCAGUGAGGGACUGACUGUGGGGGGCGGUGGCUUUGUUGUCAAUAAAUGUGUUCACUCCUAAAUGUCACAGUUUUAUUGGACCAGAACUACGUGGACACCUGAGCAUUUGGUGUCAAUGUGUUGCUGACUCCAUGUCCGUCAGUGUGCCUCCAGUAUUCUGGUUUCAGUCUUGAUGUCGAAGCUGCUGCGGGAUUUCAGGCGUCAGCUGUGACGUUUGGUGAAAACAUCUGGCUCUCAGUCUGUUUUAUUCACAACUGAAGUGUUAUUUAUACGCCAUUUUCCACGAAAGGCAGAAAAACAGCAGAAAGACAAGAAUAAAACAAUAAAAUCAUAUAUCAAAAAAGAAAAAUAUGACAAAUGUGUGUUGUAUUGAUUACAAAGUCAAACUCAA